UCUCGAAUAGGUGCUUUUUGGCCCCCGCCCUUAGCAGAAGAGAAGAGAACAGAGUAUCUGCAAGCAAAAGCGAGAAGAAUGAAGAAGCGUGAUGCAGUUGUUGUAUCUGACGGCGUUAAAAAAAAGAAAAGGAAACGUUCUUGUUCAUCCUCUCAAUCCCAACUCUCCAAUCAUCCCAACACCCUAUUCGCUCUGUUACUUGCAUCUCUCUCAAACUCAAACUCAAACUCCAACACCAACCAAUCCUUCAUCAAAAAAUGCUUAUUCCAAUUUCACCCUUCUCUUCUCCUCUCCAACUCCUCCUCCUCCUCCUCCGUCACACCCAUCCUCGCUUUACUUCCAACUCUCCUAUCUUCCACACACUCCCCAAUUGCACGCCGCGCCGCAGAUAUCACCGGCGCUGCCUCCCUCGUUUCCCUCGAAAUCAACGAAGAAAUCGCUACGGAUUCCGAAACCAUCAAGGGAUUAAUUUCUCUGUUGGAGAAUCCCGAUAGGAAAGUUUUAUCCUCCGCUUGCAAUGCCAUUUUGGAUUUGUCUACCACAGCUUUCGCUCAACAGCAACUUCUCAAUUUCUCUGCCUUGCACAAACUAAUGUCUGUGUUUCUUCAGGUUUUUAAGCGCGUGGAAUCUGUUUGUUUAUUGUCUGAGGGAAAUCAAAGUUUUCACGCUCUUAAGAUUGGGAUUAGGGAAGAUGAACUAUCGGUGGCUUUGCUCAGUGCAAUUAUUGUUCUUAUCAAUGUCUGUAAUGUUGAGCAACUACAUAAUAUCCCUGAAAGUGUUUCUGAAGCAUUCCUGAGCCUUCUAAAAGAGAUAAGGGCAAAUGCUACUCAUCAUUUGGUGAUUAGAGGUGAUGUGAAAUCUAAUGUAGAAGGACGUUUUUGUAAGAGUAAUGUUGGAGUUUGUGAUCUUGCCGACAGCAUCUUUAGGCUUUCCAUUAAUGCUUCACAACUUAGUGUCUCUUUGCCAUUUGAAGUGGUCCAAAGAGGUCUUUUUGGUACAAGUGGUUCUAGUUUUGAAGAUUUUCUGUCAAAUCAUUGGGAAGUUUCACCUUUUCUUCUAUCAAGGACAUCGGAGGAUCACAACGUGAAUGAUAUGUUUAGCCCAUUUAUACAAUCUUUGAACUGGAAUGGGAGUGUUCCUUCCCUACUUCAUUCAAUCCUUCAAGAUCUCGUGUCUUGUUUUCCUAUUGCUUCAGAGGAGCAAAACAUCCUCAAUUUCCUAAUUGAGGUGAAAGAUAGACUAGGCUGUCCUAUAAUCUACCAGCAGGAUAUACGGGUUGUAAAAGCCGAUAGCCAAUCCAGAAAAGAGACACAUUACUUUCAUCCGGAAUGCCAUAAGGAACCUCUGUAUUUUACUAAUGAAGAUGUCUUAAAGUGCGAGCAAGCUUAUAAAGAGGGUUAUACUGUUGCUCUGCGUGGUCUCGAGUUUCGAUAUCAGCGCAUUGCUUCUAUUGCCGAUACAUUAGCACUUAUGUUUGGCCAACCUUCAGUAGGUGCUAAUUUGUACUUAACACCAGCUAAUUCUCAAGGGUUGGCCCGUCACUUUGAUGAUCACUGUGUGUUUGUCUGCCAGAUUUUUGGCUCCAAGAAGUGGACAGUAUUUUCUCGACCCGGUCAGCUGUUACCUCGCUUAUAUGAUAGUCUCUGUGGUUCCGAUGUUGACUGUACAAAAGCUGUAAGAAGAGAGUUCUUUCUCAAGGAGGGUGAUGUAUUGUAUAUUCCCAGAGGUUUUCCACAUGAGGCUUAUACAAAUUAUGGUGUUGAUGAUGGUUCUCCUGGAUUUUCGUUGCACCUUACACUCAGUAUUGAGGUUGAACCUGCUUUUGAGUGGGAAGGAGUAGCUCAUUUUGCUCUUCAUUGCUGGAAUGAAAACCAAAGAAGACCGUGUUAUGGUUGCAUUAAUUCUCUGUCUCAAAAACUUGAUCUUGUGUCUGUGAAUCUUUUACAUGUUGCCAUUGGGAUUAUUUGCACUUCUAAUCCUACUUUUCGGAAAGCAUGCUUGACUGCUGCAGUUUCCUUGCCGCCAGAUGUUUAUCAUAGGCUUAUUCAGAAGCAGAGAACGACUUUUCUCCACUUGGUUGAUAGAAUAUGUAAUGAAUGUAGAUUUUCGGAAGUGCUGAGUAACAUAGAGGUUGCAAUUCAGAAAAAUAAAGAUCCAUUUGAGCACAUCCGAUGGCUUCAGGUUCUUCGUAUGGAAAAAGAAGCCAGAAGUGGAUUCAACACAGAAAAAUCUUUCAAUAUUGAAGAUUUAUGCUCUUUGUGUACCAAACACAAGGACAAAUUAGAAGCUGCUUUCGUGGUUUGA